CGGCCAGAGAUAAAAUACAGUGCAGUGGGAGUAUUUAAUUUCCAUCUGUCUCUCCUUUUGUCACUUCUUCUCCCUUCACUUUAUUUCUCCUAUCAUCAAUGCAAAAUAAUCCGACUUUAAACUAUUCACCUUCUCCAAUUCUCCCCCUACAUUUUUAAAAUACAAUCCCAGAAAUCACAUCCUCAUCAUUCUACCCAAAUACAAGAAACCUUAACACAACAAUGAUUCUAGAAACCUUUACUCAUUCACAAAUCAUUCUACUUUUACUAUAGUUUAAAUUUGAAAGCAACAAACCCGAAUAAAAGCUUCGAUUUAUUUCAUUAAUGGCGGCUGGUUGGGUGAAAUCAUUGCAAUGCAAAUCAAGAGCUGUAGAAGAUGUUUUUACUCCCCAACCAAAACAAAUUCUUCUCACUAGUACUAGUUGUAAAAACAGCUUUCAGAAUCUUAAAGAUGUUGUAAAUAAGCCCAAGCCCAAAAAGUCCGACCCGUUUCCUCAACGUGUUAAACGUUCUGAUUCCGUUAAACCCAGAAUAGAAUCCGGUUCUAAUAAUUGGGUCAGGCGUACCGUGUCUGCUCCGUUAAAAGGUCCGGUUCAACUUGACCCCUUUUUUCUUUCUGUGACGGAAUUGCAGGUGGGGCAUCCAUCAAGGAAUGUUGUUGAAAUAAUAUUUCACACGAGGUGGGGACCAAAAGGGUUUUCGGGUCGGGUUGAGGCUGUUUUUAAGAUUCACAAUUUGUGUCGGACUGUGACCCGGUUUGAAGAAUAUAGGGAUUAUAUAAAGUCUCGGGCGGGUCCAGAUUAUGCUUCAGGUAGGUGUGUUGCAGAUGGGAAUGAAAUGAUGAGAUUUCAUUGUCUGGGACCCACAAAUUCUGGAUCAAGCGUGAUUGACGGCUGUGAUGGUGUAUACGAGAUGAACGGCGCUAAAGGAGUUUCGUCAGUGUGUACGUAUUCUGGCAGUGGGGCCGCCCAUGAAAGUGCAGGAGGAGGUCGGGGGAGACGGGCCAUGCUGGUUUGUAGGGUGAUAGCGGGCCGGGUUUCAAAACGUGUUGAACGUGGGGAUGACUCAGGGACUGAGUCAAAUAAACUCGUUGAACUUGACUCAGUGAGUGAAGAGAAUGGCGAGUUGCUGGUGUUUGAUUCUCGUGCGGUUUUGCCUUGUUUCCUCGUCAUUUACAAACUGUAAAGAAAUUAAAAAAAAAAUAAUUAUCAAGUGGUAUAUUUUUACUCCAUUUGUUUGGGGUUUAUUAAUUUGAGUUUUGGUUUUUUUUGGCUAAACUUUGUGUUGAUAAAAUGUUCUAAUUUCUCAUUGGAUUUUGUGCAUAUUAUUAGAAAUUUGUCAAACUUAAUCUUGUUAAUUAGGUAUUAGCAAUUUGAUAUAUUGGCUAAUAUUAUUUUGAUGAUGAUAAUUUUUUUAUACUAC